UCUCUCUUGCUCUCUCUCUCUGAUUUUGUUUGGUUUGUGUUCCUGCGUUGUGGGGAGAAGGCAGCAUAAAUGGGUGACAAAGUCUCGGGAGGGCCAUGGUCAGAGGUUUGGCUCUGCGGUCCGUUACGCAGUCCUGACUGCCAACGCCGGCGUAGAGCUGCUGCGUCCUUGUUGUUCUUUUUUGAAGUGGAGGAAUGCCAGCCGAGGUCACACUGAGAGAAAGCUUUCAAGAGGAGUGCAAGAAGAUUCAUAACCACUUCGAGGGGACGGGGGGGUUGAGAGAAGGAGGGCGAGACGAGUUGUUUUCGGCCAGAGUUCAGCCAGAAGUUCGGCCGAUCCAAACUCCCAGACGUACAGCGGUUGCACCCCGAUUCGGUCCACUAAAAUGCCUCUGGGUUUGAGGAGAGAACCCAAGCUGCGUGUUGCCGGCCCCAGUGACAUUUGUGAACUUAGUACUGCGUGUGUUUAUGCAUGCAUGUGUUAGAGAGGGGGCUCAGCGGUGAAAUAAAUAGGCUGGGACUCCUCAGCUGUUUCCGCGAGGUGGUGGAACAGGGUAUGUUUGUGAAGCACUGCAAGGUGGAGGUGUACCUGACAGAGCUGAAGCUUUGUGAAGACGGCAACAUGGACAACGUGAUCACCAGACGUUUCAGUAAAGCCGACACAAUAGACAUGAUAGAGAAGGAAAUGCGGAAACUGUUCAGCAUCCCUGACGAGAAGGAGACCAGGCUGUGGAACAGGUACAUGAGCAACACCUUCGAGCCGCUCAACAAGCCUGACAGCACCAUCCAAGACGCCGGCCUCUAUCAAGGACAGAUGGAGAACCUUUUCUCUUCUUCUUCUGUGGAUCGUCUCCCACAGGUGCUCGUAAUAGAGCAGAAGAACGAGGAUGGCACUUGGCCCCGAGGCUCCAUGGCGUCCAAGUCAUCUGGCGCUUCCAAUCUCUCUGCUUUGCCAAAGAUCUCGCCUUCAUCUCUCACAAACAAUCAUAACAGCAGCUUCAACAGCAGGAAUGUUAAGAACUCCAGCUACAGUCUGCCCUCCUCGUACCCAACCUACAGCAACAACUAUGACUACUCGGAACAGAGCCGGCAGAGUGAGCGCUCGGGCCUCUGUGGGCUCUCCAACCUGGGAAACACCUGCUUCAUGAACUCUGCAGUACAGUGUUUAAGCAAUAUCACCCCUCUGACGGAGUACUUCCUGAAAGACAAGUACCGAGACGAGCUGAACGAAGACAACCCCCUGGGCAUGAAGGGGGAGAUCGCCAAAACCUACGCUGAGCUCAUCAAGCAGCUGUGGUCGGGCAAAUACAGUUACGUCACCCCGAGACCCUUCAAGACCCAAGUGGGGCGCUUUGCCCCGCAGUUCUCAGGCUACCAGCAGCAGGACUCCCAUGAGCUCCUGGCCUUCCUCCUGGACGGCCUUCACGAGGACCUGAACCGCAUCCGGAAGAAACCCUACAUCCAGCUGAAGGACGCCAACGGACGGCCGGACAAGGUGGUGGCCGAGGAAGCGUGGGAGAACCACAUCAAGAGGAACGACUCCAUCAUCGUGGACAUCUUCCACGGUCUCUUCAAGUCGACUCUGGUUUGUCCCGUGUGCGCCAAGGUCUCCGUGACCUUUGACCCCUUUUGCUACUUGACCCUGCCGCUUCCCAUGAAGAAAGAGCGGACUCUGGAGGUGUACCUCGUCAGACUGGACCCAGUUGCUAAACCUACGCAGUACAAGCUGACCGUGCCAAAGGUGGGCUACAUCUCUGACCUCUGUACCUCCCUCUCCAGCCUGUCUGGCGUGCCUGCUGAGAAGAUGAUUGUUACUGACAUCUACAACCACCGCUUCCACCGGAUCUUUGCCACUAACGAAAACCUCAGCAGCAUCAUGGAGCGGGACGAUAUUUACGUCUUCGAGGUUGCGGUGAACAGAGUAGAAGACGCCGAUCACGUAGUGAUCCCCGUGCACUUGAGGGAAAAAUACAAGCAGUCGGGCUACAACCACACCAGCACGCCACUGUUCGGUCUGCCCUUCCUCAUUGCCGUCCCGAGAACACUAAGCGAAGACAAACUCUACAACAUGCUCCUCUCUCGUCUCUGCCGGUUCGUACGGUCUCCUGUAGAGGAAGACGAGGAGGACAGCGAAGAGACGCAACCGCCCACGCAACACACCAUCAACGGAAAUGCCACUAACGGCCUGCUGGAGGAGGGCUCACCAAGCGAGAUGGAGACAGACGAGCAGGACGACGAGUCGAGCCAGGAUCAGGAGCUGCCGUCUGAGAAUGAGAACAGCCAAUCGGAGGAUUCUGUGGGAGGCGACAACGAGCUGGAGAACGGCGUGGUCGCGCCGCAGCUCUCCACUAAGGGCCAGCAAACGGCCGGCCUCAACAGAAAGAGGCUUUUCACAUUCCAGUUCAACAACAUGGGCAAAACGGACUUCUCGCUCAUCAAGGAGGACACCAAGCUGAUCCGCUUUGACGAGGGGCAUCUCAGACUGAGUGACCGCUCGUACCUGUCUUUGGACUGGGAACCAGAUAUUAAGAAAAAGUAUUUUGACGAGACUGUUGUUGAGGACUAUGACAAGCACGAGAGCAUGGAGUACAAGCCUCAGAAGAAAGCCUUCUUCAAGUUGAAGGACUGCAUCGAGCUUUUCACUACGAAAGAGAAACUGGGAGCAGAGGAUCCCUGGUAUUGUCCAAACUGUAAGCAGCAUCAGCAGGCCACCAAGAAGCUGGACUUGUGGUCUCUGCCGCCCGUCCUUGUUGUCCAUCUGAAGCGCUUCUCUUACAGCCGCUACAUGAGGGACAAGCUGGACUCGCUGGUCGACUUCCCACUCAGAGAUCUGGACAUGUCAGAGUUCCUGAUCAACCCCAACGCCGGGCCCUGUCGCUAUGACCUCAUCGCCGUGUCCAACCACUACGGCGGGAUGGGAGGCGGCCAUUACACGGCGUAUGCUAAGAACAAAGAAGAUGGGAAGUGGUACAACUUUGAUGACAGUAGUGUGUCUCCUGCCAGUGAAGACCAAAUAGUGUCCAAAGCUGGCUAUGUGUUGUUCUACCAGCGCCAGGACACUGUCAAAGGCACCGGCUACUUUGCUCUCGACCGCGAGGAGGAAGAGGAGGAGGAGGAGGAAGAGGAAGGUGAGGAUGAUGAGGAGAACGGAGCGGAAGAGCUGGUAGAAAGAAGGACUGUCUCGUCUUCUCAGGGUGCCUGCGCCGCUGCGCAAAGCGACGAGGAGGACGAGCCAGUCCAGAACAAGAGCAGUAAAAAAGACAUAAACCAGGAGGAAGAAGAAGAGGAAGAGGAGGAGGAAGAAGAAGAAGAGGAGGAACAGGUAUUCAAUCGAGACAUUACCAUGAAAACCAACUGAGGUAAAUGCCUACAGGAACAAGCAGAGAGAGAAAGGGAUCUGUCCAAGAAAAAGCCAUAUGGACGCAUGGAGUGGCAGCGGGCGCCGUCGCUCCUGCCCGACGGCGCGGACUGAGCCGCUGCCAGGACGACGACUGUUCGGCGGGGGGGGCGGGGAGAGGAGCUGCCUUGGUACGCAACUCUAAGAAAUCAGGACCCUCCUGUGGGUGAAUCACUGUGUGUGUGCGCGCGUGUGUGUGUGUGUGUGUGUGUUUUUGAGCGAGUGUGUCGCCACGUUAACUCAUUAAACAUCUGCUGUGUGAACAGAACAAAGUGAGACCGAUGACGGCGCCUCCAGCAGGCGCUGCGCUCUGAAUUUCCGCUUUUUUUUUUUUUUAUUUAUCAUUUGAGCAGUGAAUUGUUUUGCAUAUCGUAUUAGUAUUAUUUCAAUUUUGUAAAUAUUUUUAAAACACUGAAUUGCGUUGAGUUGUCACGAUGCGCUGAAACGUUUUUGAACUUGCACAAACACAACCUCUCCCAUUUCCUGAUAACGCCAGACAAACUGCAGCAGCUGCUUCCAGCGAGCCGCCUUUGUGGUCUAUAACCCAGGCUUUACGUCGACCCGUAGUUGUAUUCCUCAUCGUGAUUGGCUGCUUUUUAACUCCAAAAAUGUGUUAAGAGAUGACGCAGCCUGUGUUAGCCAAUACUGUGCAUUCUUCUGCAGUAGAUAUGUGCUAGGAAGAAAGUUCUCCACUGCCAAUCUUCUCGUCAAUGUAUCUAUCUGAAGCUUUAGUCCUUUCCUGUAUUCUCGUGUCUUCAUCUUCAAGAUGUGCCGGGACUAAAAACCAGAGACGCGCCGAUCACAAUUUUUCGGCCGAUUUCCAGAUAUAUUUUCUAAAGCUCUAGCGUGCUUCAUCGUGAUUCUGGCUGAUAUCAAAUCUUUAAGAUUCAGAAUAUUUCUUUCCUUCCAUCCUGUCACGAGCAAACACUAAUUAUUGAGCAGAGAUGACGUCACAACGUGUGUGAGAGCAGGCGCUUAAAAUGGGAACGAAAUGAUUGCACGGUUAACAUUUUAUCGUCUUUAGCAUUUUUAUAUUAGCAGUUAGCACAGCUAGCGCUCCCUGUGUACUCCCUAUAGAUUGUGGAUGUGUAACAUUUCCAUAUAUAGCAUGAUCCGUUACAUGGAGGAUGGAAGCUCAAAAAGGUCAAACUAACGAACUUUGAUCCUGUUAUCUUGCUCUUUGUCACGCAUCCAUUUGCUCCCUCUUUUUAAACUCCUAACUAACACUAGUAAAGAAUAGCUUCACAUGAUGUGUUUACUGACCAAAAAAAAAGGUAAAAUUUAUUUUCUUUUGCUACAGACAUCUAAAGAAUCGGUGCUGAAUAAUCGUCCAAUUCCUGCGUUCAUCCAUUUUCUCUCGCAGACAUCCGAUGCGUCGUCCGUCGUUGAAAUCACCUCGGCCUUAACUUCGAAAUGUGAAACCAGUCGCCUUGUUCGCACGACGACCCCCCUACUCCACUUCUCACGUCAAAAACGUCGCGUGACGAAUGUCCGUUCCAUUCUCGCUUGCUGCCGUCUCAUGUCCGCAUCGCCUCGAAGUCUCGUCUUUUUAACCCACAAGAGGGCCAGAAUGUACCGUGAACUGAAUGAACAAAGACCACACGUAUGUGAAUGAUGCCUUUCGGUUUACGAAUUUUCCCCCGCGUUUUUUUUCCGGCCCUCUCUUAUGCUUUCUGUUAACAAGUUCUCCCUGGCUGUCUGAAUUUCUGGGAAAACAUUUCCGCCUGUAUGUGUGUGUAUAUGUGUGUGUGUGUGUGUGUGCUGCUUUGAUUUGAAGCAGGGAAACGGGGGGUAAUCAACUGAAAACAGUGGGGUGAGUCGGCCUAACGCACCUUUCGGCUUGUAGGACCAUGAUGCAGUGGAAUUGUAUCGUGGCAGGUUAAUCAUCCAUCCAUGCGAGUCGUUUUGAAGCCGUUUUUCGCGACAUGAGUGCUUUUUUGCCGACGACAUCCACACACCUGUUCUUGCCUCAGAAUAGAAGACCACGCCUUUACGAGCAUCUUCGUGCUUCAGCCUCAACGGGCCACCUCGAUUAUUAUUUUUAUUUUUUUAUUUUUUUUUCCCCCUUUAGGACGACUCACCCCAUCCGGACUGAGUGAGACGCGAUCGCUUCAAUAGGCUUAUAUGAUAUUGUACAGAAGAGUUCACUCUGUGAGUGCACAUUUGAUAAAGUUUAUUUAUUUAUAUGUAAGCAUUUAAUAAUGAACAGACAAUAUAUUUAAAACCUUGGCAAGACCCGGAGGAGUCGGGGCAUUCAGUUAUACACUAGUUUGCGAAGUCUUGUCCAGGGAGGGAAUAUUUUUUUAAAGCAAAGGAUUUUCUUUUUUUUUUUCCUGUUGUUUUUGGGACUUUUUUUUUUUUUGUUUUGUAUAAAAUAUUUCAGAUGUUCUUGCAUGAUGUAUGGAGGUUUCCAGGUUUGGCUGCACUUGAGUUCACUUGGGUUUACAUUUGAAUUGUGCAUGUGUAUUUAUACACAAUCUACAAUAAAGUUGUGUAAAGCUU